AAACUGUCUAUGGCAAGGCUGGUUAUAUCAGAAAGGAAGAGGAGUAAUUGCAAUUGCUGGAGGAAAUAGAGGGAGCUCUCUAUACCCACACAGUCUCUAAGACUGGUUAUCAGUCUGUCCUCCUAUUAAUCCAGGACGCUCACUAAGUAUAAACAUGAAGCUAAAGGAGAGACGGGGGCGGGAGAAGGAACUAUAAACCACGUUCAUGAUCUCGUCUUCCAAAAGGGUUGCUGCUUGCCAGAGCACAUGUAAAAACUGAACUGAACCCCAGAGCAAGAGAAAAACGCGAUCUCUCUGAACUGCGACUUUAAUUGUGAUCUGUGUCUGCUUGCUGCAACAACAAAUAUGCGUGCUUUCGCGCAGCUGGUGCAACCCAAGUGCCGGAGUUCGCAAUCCAAAUAAUGCAGCUGCCGGAAAGCAGCAAGGACUGCUUCUGUCUCCUGCGGCGGGUCACCUGGCUGGCUUGUCGCUACCCUCCCCGCCACCCCCACCUCUGACUGUCGCUGCUGUGGUGGAUUACCUAAACUGGACUAACAUGGAGAGGUCGGCAAGUCCCGGGCGGUGCGGCUAGAGGCUUGGAUCUUCUGCUCUUCCGCUGCUGCCGCCACCGCCGCCGACUGCAGCUCCCUUAAUCCGAAAAGCCUUCUUUACUCAAAAGCCAUGGAAGAUUGUUCCCUGCCAGAUCUGCGAGACAUCGAGCUCAAGCUGGGGCGCAAAGUCCCCGAGAGCCUAGUGCGCUCCUUGCUGGGGGAGGAGCCGGCCGUCACCCGCGACAGGGAGAAGGACCGGGAUCAACCCGGCGGAGGUCCUCCUUGCACCUCUGGCUUCUCUGCUUCCCUGGCCCCUAGAGCCGCCAUUCUCGGCUGCAAUAACUCCAGCGCCCUAGAAAGACUGGAGACCAAACUUCAUCUCCUCAGGCAAGAAAUGAUUGAUCUCCGAGCCACAGAUGUCAAGCUAAUGCGGCAGCUACUGAUCAUCAACGAAAGCAUAGAAUCAAUCAAGUGGAUGAUUGAAGAAAAAGGCGCCAUCACCAGCAGGGGUAGCAGCUUGAGCGGAAGUCUCUGCAGCUUGCUGGAGAGCCAGGAGACAUCGCUGAGAGGCAGCUACAACAGUUUGCAAGACUGUAGUGAUGGACUUGAUGGAAUAUCUGUGGGGAGUUACCUGGACACCUUGGCAGACGAUGUCCCUGGCCAACGAACUCCUUCAGACAUGGACCAAUUCAGUGACUCUUCCCUUAUAGAUGACUCACAGUCUCUACAGAAACAUCCAAAGAUUGAGUCUGAUGAGUACUACUGUUUUGGUUAAUAAGGUGAAACUCUAAGAGGGACAUGUGUGCACUUGUAUUUAUAACUCUUCUAUGCUGCUAUUUGUUUUAAGCAUUUUUAAAGCACCUUUAUAAAGGAUAACCUAUUUUAAAUCUGCUUUAAUCUCUCACUCACUCACUCUUUUUCCCUGCUGUUGCUUCUAGGUGUUUGUUUUGGUUUCCCCCCCUCCUGGAUUGCUUUUCUCCCUCAUUGUCAUUUUAAUUUAUUGCUGUGAUUUCUUUCUUCUCUUUUAUAAUCACUUUUGAAAUGACAGUUUCCUCUCCCCCCCCCCUUUUUUUAUUUUUUAUUUUACAAAAAUAAAGGUCAGGGAAAUUAACUUUAUCUUCAACACAAAGUGUCAGAAUGAAAUUUUAUUGAAUUUUACAUCUAAUGGACAAUAAAAUUCUUUCCAUCA